AUGACCACCAAGGGGGCUUCACUGAAAGGCUUGUUGCUGGUGACCCUUCUGGUGUCCCACAUGCUUCUGACAAAGGAAGGAGUGACCUCUAUGCCAAUCUGCCCCAAUGGAUCUGUCAAUUGCCAGCUUACCCUUGAGGAACUUUUUGACCGAGCAGUGAAGCUUGCAACCUACAUCCACUUCCUCUCUUCAGAAAUCUUCAACGAAUUUGAGGAACGCUACGCCCAGGGCCGGGGUUUCAUUGCAAAAGCUGUCAAUAGCUGCCACACUGCUUCUUUAACCACUCCAGAAGACAAGGAGCAGGCUCAGCAGAUUCAUCAUGAAGACCUGCUGAAUUUAAUACUGGGAGUUCUGCGUUCCUGGAAUGAUCCCCUGGUCCACCUGGCCUCUGAAGUACAAAGAAUCAAAGAAGCUCCAGAAACCAUCCUCUGGAAGGCUGUGGAGAUUGAAGAACAGAACAAGAGACUUCUAGAAGGGAUGGAGAAAAUAGUUGGGCGGGUUCAGUCUGGGGAGGUGGAAAAUGAGAUUUACACCCCAUGGGACGGACUUCCAUCGCUGCAGCUUGCUGAUGAGGACUCCAGACUCUUUGCCUUUUACAACCUGCUGCACUGCCUCCGCCGAGAUUCCCACAAAAUCGACAACUAUCUCAAGGUUUUGAAGUGCCGCCUAAUCCACGACAACAACUGCUGA